CAGCAGGUGCCAGCGGAAGUGAGUGUGGUUCGCCCCGCUGAAUGAACAGAGCCGAGACAUCUCCAAAAUCCCUCAUCUCUGCACGAUCCGUCCUUUUUCAGCCGAGAAACAACUCUCUAAGUGUCUGAAAAUGAGUACUGCUGUCCCCAACCACAGACGGGUCAAACCUGGAGCCAUAAAACCCGGGGCUGGGUCCAUUGGAGUGACCGGUCCCAGCUCCCAGAUCCCUGGUCUGUCCCAGAUCUCCUCCAACACCUCCCCGACUGAGCGCAUCAGCUGCAGACGGGUGGGCAUCUUCGAGAGCGACUCGGACUAUGUCAAACUGGCCAAGCAGGGAGGACAUAAAGGUCUGCUGAGCCAUGACAUUGUUGAAGAUGCACCCAGGAAGGCCUACUCGCCACCUAACUUUUUUGGCAACGAUGAAUCCAAAAGUGGAAGUAACGGCAGCUCUCCUGAUGGUCAGCCCAAGGGGAGGCAGCCCCUAACUGCCCCCUUUGGCACCGAUAGCGAGGUGCACUGGGAGAAGGAGUCUGAUAGGUUUUCUGGUACCAAGAAGGCAUCUCCGGAUGGUGCGGUCCAGCAGAUGGAGGCCCUGUCCAUAACCCACAAGUACAAGAGAACGUCUUAUGAGAAGAAGGCUCCUCCGGUCAGCAUGUCCAAACUGCUGAGUCAUGGUUACGUGGAGGAGAAGAAAUCCGCAGAUGAUGACACUUCAAGUGUGACGUCGGAGAUGACCAGCACCCUGGCCACAGAUGACGUGGGCGUGGAUGACCUGGAAUAAGCCCCCCUUCCCCUCCACAGGGGAUACACGCAAAACGCCACCAAGCGCAACCCCCGCAUUCACCGUCCAUCUGCUGACUAUUAGCUUUCCACUUAGGUUUACGCGACAGUACUUCCCUGUAUUUAUUUGCUUAACCAUGUAAACAAACCAGUUUUCUUGGAUGUUCUUGUAAUCUCAAAAUGUGUUGUGCAUACUCGAUUUGAGCAACUCCUCCAGGGAUAGAUUGUCCAUCUCUGCUUGUAUGAAGAUCGAGGAUGUGAAAAGUGUUAGUGCUUUAAGUGAUACGUGUGAUAGUAAUAAUAAUAUAAUUUAUUUGUUUCUCUGGGCAGUUGGAUUGGACCAGGUUCAUGGGGCCACUAUGAGUACAGGUCCAAAUCAGAACUUGACGUCAAAACUUACGGUCGCUAACCAUGAAUCUAUAAUAAGAACUGGACACUCCGCCUCUCACACUCUCUCUGUCCUGGCACGAGUUUCAUUAGUGACCGCUCCAUAGGUGCUGCAGCUCUGGCCCAAAAGGAAUUCUCCCACACAACGUCAUGUAUUUUUUGUGAAAUCAAACUGCCCAUGUUCAUCUGACAAAACAUUGAUAGCAUUCACAAGGGUUGGAUUUUGUUGGAUUCUUUUCUAUUUUCACUACAUGAACUUUUUAGAAUUUUUCAAACCUCAAAAUGCAUAAAAGUUAGUUUUGUAAGCUUUAGCCUGGCCCACAGUUGCUCCGCGCUGAUUGUCCUUUGAAACCAAUACGACGGCACUCUUUUUUCAUCUUUCAGAUCUUAUUAUACUUCCAUGUAGCUAACAGAAAAAAAAUGCUAGUAGAUUCUAACUAGUACAUGCACUCUCCAUUUCAGUUUGUUGGUAUUAUUUUACAUUCUUAUGAUUUUAUGUAUCGUUAGUGCUCCUUUCAAUACUAAUCUAUGUAACUUUUGAAACUUUUGGUGCAGGGUAUGCCACUGCCACAUACCAGUGUUCAUGGAGAUCUUUGCUUUGUCUGGAAAGUUCCACAGUAUUGCAUUAAACAUAGGCAUCUUUAUUGUUCACAGACCUUAGCCUUGUGUUUGGUGUAAGUACUGACCUGUUGUCUUCAUGGCAAUUGAUAAGGAACAUUCUUUACAAAGCAGUACCCAGGCUCAGACUGGUACUGUGUACUGCUGGGAAAAUGCCCUGUAGGCUGUUCCACCUGAGACCACAUUUGGGCUGGUGUGGUGGGCCGUACUAACAGCAGAGGGCAGUAAUAACAUAGGUCCUCAAUUUCCACAGUGGGCUUUGUGGGGGAAAAGUCCAGGGCCGUUUUUUAGUCCCAGCCCAACCCUGGCGGUAACAGCUCUGUGGAGACAAGUAUGUGACUAACCCUCCAACAGAAUAGUUGCUUAGUGUAUCUUUAAAAACAUGUACAAUACAAAUCUACAAUACUCCAAACCACAAAACUUAAAUUCAUAAAUUAAUUGUUGAUUUUAUCUGAAAAACUUUCCAUUGCAAAGUUGACGUCAAGCCCUGAUUCCAAUAGUAUUAAACUACUGACACAUGUAAAGCGUAUUUGCAAUGUCUCUACCUUGCCUUUAUUUGUAACUAUUUAUGGUGCUGAUUAAUAUGAUUUUUUUUUUUUCUUCAAAACAUGCUAUGCCAAAUUUUAAUGAAGCCUCACUGUCGCCACAGCCAAACAUAACGAUAUUUUAUUUAGAUUAGUGUAUGAAUUUUUGAAAAUGUUGAACUAAUUUGCUUUUCUGUUUAAUUUUAUGCAUCAAUUAGUCUUUAGGAUUGUUUUGUGGCUGAAGAAAUGACAGUGCCAAAAGUCUUAAUGCCUGUUGAGUUGACCUGGUGCUGUGUGUUGGCUCUGUGUGCAGUGUUCUGAGGGGGAUGUACAGUUCCAGUGUUGUUCAAUAAAGGCAUGUGCAUGUA